AAAUGAAGUUGAAUAAGCUGCUGUUGAGUUUCCUGCUCCUCGGGCUCUUUGUAGCCACGAUUAUGGGCGCCGAUACCGAUGCCGAUAGCAGUGCCGAUACCAGUUCUGAUGCCGAUACCGAUACCGAUGCCGAAGACGAGACCACCGUUGCUGCGGUAGGAUCAACCACCACGUCGCCCACCACGGAUAAUUCCUCGUCAUCUGACUCCGGCAGAGAUAGUUCCGAUUUGGAUGAUGGCUCCGAUUUGGGAGCUGAUGAAUCCGAUAACGAUUCUGAUGCCGAUGCCGAUUAUACUCCCAUUUCGGCCCCCAGGCGAAAAAGGAACAAUUCCAACAACAACAACAGGAAGAAGGCCCAAAACAAUAGGCGUCGCAACAACAACAACAACAACAGCAGCAAGAAGCGACAGGCCGCUGCCAAGAAGCGCAACAACAGCAAUCGCAGGACCAACAACAGUAAUCGCCGCACCAACACCAACAGCAACAAGCGCCGCAACAACAACAGUGCCAGAAGGCGUGGUUAAACUCCUUUCAACAUAAAAAUCAUUUAUGAAAA